AUCAACCGCGCUGCAGCCUGUCAUGGGAUCCCAAAAUGCUUCUGUCGCUCCCUCUGAUCCUCGAUCAAGGACUAAAAAUGCCCAUUCUCCGGCGAUGGUCUCGAUUGCAUGCCAUGAAACAGCGUCUCUGCCUGUAAUUUCCUACGCUCAUACGUUAUGCAUGGUUCGCGUGUGCGUGUUCGGUCCCUCCGGACAGCGGACCUGAAACGAAGUAUGGACGCGAACACUCACGGCGAUUUGAAUCUCCUCUCAGGGACGGCGGAACGGCAAUGAGACGAUAUAAAAUCGACCGUGCUCGUGCACGGUUACAUCGUAAAACCCCAGGCGAGGAUGCGCGCAUCUAUAGGUCUCGUAGGACUCCUUGCGUCCGUUCAGCAUGUUCUCGCAGGGACACUACCGAGCAAGAUCUACGGCGUCAACAUCGGCGGAUGGCUCGUGUUAGAACCAUGGAUGCUCCCUGCUGAAUGGGAGGCUAUGGGCGGUCAGAUAUGCUCUGACUGCUCGCAAUGUAUUGGCUCGGAAUGGUCAUAUACCAAAGCUUACCCCAAUAUUGCAAAUGCCGAGUUUGCCAAACAUUGGUCCACGUGGUUCACACAGGACGAUGUCAACCAGCUCGUCGCGGACGGGAUCAACACAGCUCGGAUUCCCCUUGGCUUCUGGCUCGUGGAACCCCUCGUGAACAGGGCAACCGAGUUCUACCCGGAAGGAGGGAUUGUCUACUUGCAACAAGGCGUGAAGAUGCUCAGCGAUGCUGGCAUCCAAGUGAUCCUCGAUCAUCACGCCCUGCCAGGCGUCCAGACUGGCGAUGCAUCAUUCACCGGAAACUGCACGGAGUAUGUCGAGUUCUAUACCGAUUACAACUACCAGCGCGCUCUGGUAUGGACCGCUGUCAUGACUUCCCUGUCGCAUCUGGACCCCAAUUUCGCUUCGGUGUUCGCAAUUGAGGCUGUCAACGAGCCGAUCAUGGAUGCAGACCAGACGCCUGGUUAUGGCACUUUCCAGAAGGAGUUCGUCGACACCGUCCGCGCCGUCGAGCUCACGUUGGGCAUUCCGGUGCCUGGUCUCCUCGCGUCAGGUCUUCCUUCGCGGAACACGCUGGUUACGACGUGCGCCAUUCCGAGCUUCCGACGUUGCUUAGGGCUGACGGUGUUAUAUUUGGUCAGAUUCAUGGACAUCAACUGGCAAUAUAACAACCCGUCGAACCCAGCAGAUGCUGCUAUCGGCCCUCAGGGUUACGACAACCACCUUUACUACAGCUUUGGAGGCGUUGCCGCUGCAAAUCCGACUGCUUACAUGGAGAGCAUCUGCAACUUGAACCGUGUCCAGGCAGAUGCAGCACUUGGAGACACUCCACUCUGGUUUGGAGAGUGGGGCCUUCCGACGCAGUUCAACGCAACAGACGAGUUCUUGUAUAUGUGGGCAGAUGCACAAAAACUCGCGUAUAGCCAGGGAGCCGGGUGGAUUUUCUGGAAUUUCAAGGUCGAACAGUCUGAACUGGCGGGUAACUUGUCACGACAAUGGUCCUAUAUUGAGGGCGUAAAAUUGGGAUUCCUGACGCAGGAUCCAUCUCAGUAUCACAAUGCUAACGUGUGCGAGCCCUACUUGACGACGUCUUGAGGCGCCCGGCCUGCCGCACUUGUUUUUGUGCGGCGAUAUGGGCGACGUCGAGCUUCCCCUGUACCCUCGGAGGUUGCGUUUGUUUAUUAAGAUAUUGGAUCUUAGUUAAUGUACGAACACGAACGUACGCGAUAAAAUGAAGGUCCUCCCU